AUGUACCGUGAUCGUGGUCUUACCCCUGGACUUGCAAUUAUGGCAUUCCUUAUUGCUUGUUGUGCUAUAUCGGGAAAUAUAAUGAACGCUUUUCUUGUGUAUAUUACAGCUAGAAAUAAAUCUCUUCGGGGCAGCACCAAUUAUUUAUUGGCCCAACAUUCACUCUGCGAAUUUUUCCACCAAACAGGGCAUUAUAUUUUCCUCUACACAAUUUUUUCUGGGAAAAAUUUUAUUUCCUAUGCAACAAGUACAGCAUUCCAAAUCCAGUCAAUUUUGGGUUACAAUUCUGCAGUUUUUACAAUGUUCGAAACAGCUACUGACCGUUUAUUAUGUGUAUUAACUCCUACACUCUAUUCACAAAUUGUUGGGCCUGCUUAUUUAGGAACGUUCAGCAUUCUAUCCUUCAUUCCCGGAGUAGUUUUAGCUUUUUUAGUUUUGUCAUAUGCAAUAGAAAAUCCGGCAGAACCGGUAACUGGCCAACUUAGCGAUACUUGUACUCCCGUCCAAUUAAUUUAUAAUUACAAUUUGGUAAUGUGUGUUCUUUGUAUUAUUUCCUAUGUUAUUAUUGGGGCAAUUGUUGUGAAAAAAGUAAAAGAAAAUCAAAACAAAAGGAACGCAAAUUAUUUAAAUCAACGGAACGCCAAACUUUUGCGUUCACUUUCGGCGAUAAUUAUAAUUAUGGUUGGAAGUUAUUUCCUCAACACUCUUAUACGAAAAUUUGUCAGUGAUAUACUGCAUCUGGGACCUAUUGGUUUGUGGUAUGUUAAUGUUGCUGGAGGUGUUUUGGUAAAUAUUGGAGCAGCUUCGAAUACUCCAAUUCUUUACGCAUCAAGGCAAGGAAAUUAUAAAGCUUUGCUAACUAAAAUUUGA